ACGAUGAUGAACCCAAAGUAUGAAUCCGAUCAUGGAAGCACGCCCACCACUCCGAAGUGCCUCUCGUACUACGUGCAGAGCCCGUCUGGCGACUCCAAUGACUACGCCGACAAGUCGUCGUCGUCGGCGCAGAACACGCCGACGCCGACGACGUUCGACAGCCCACUGGAGUCGCCGUCCUACUCCCCCAGCUACGGCGCGGACUCCGCCUCCAGCCGGGUCUCCGGGAAUCUGCGGUGGGCGAGGGGUAACCGGAGGCAUAGCGAGAAAGGGUCGCGGGAAUGCAAGGUGAUCGACGAGGAGCUUGUUCCCGACAACCCCUAUGGAAACGGAGGAGGUUAUUCAAUCAUUGAAAAAGGUUUUUCAAUCAUUGAAAAACUCCUCAUCGGAUUCGCAGGUUUCUCGUUGUUUUUUGCCUGUUUUUGCUUCAUCGUUUGGAGUGCAAGCCGGCCUUACAAAACCUUGGUCAGUUUAAAGGCCUUGAAUGUUCAUAGCUUCUAUUAUGGACAAGGCUCAGACCACACCGGUGUUCCAACCAGGUUGCUUACAGUCAAUUGUUCACUCAGGAUGGCCACCCACAACCCUGCUACCUUCUUUGGGAUUCAUGUCAGCUCCACCGCCGUCAAUCUCAAAUACUCACAACUUACAGUUGCAACUGGUGAGGUGGAUGAGUAUUACCAACCAAGUAAGAGCCACAAAGAGCUGACGGUGAGGUUGCAUGGGCAUAAGGUUCCGCUUUAUGGGACAGGGACAUCCUUUGUGGAUUUAGAUAACAAAGGAGGGGUUCCAUUGAAGUUGGAUUUUGAGAUGAGAUCACAUGGAUACCUGAUAGGGAAUUUGGUGAAGACAAAACACACAAGGCAUGUCUCCUGUUCCUUGAUCAUCAAAUCUGGUAUGACAAAACAUGUGGUAUUACACAAGAAAUCUUGUACAUGGAACUGAGUUCCAUCCAAAGUUGCAAAUCCAAUCCAGAUUCUUCCCUCAGUUAUUUCAAACUGAUAUUCAGAAGUCUGGAAUUGAAGAAGGUUAUAUAUAAUGACCACUUUAAUGCUUUUCUCAUGUAGUUUUGCAAAUUAUGUCUUACGAUAUUGGUCUCCAGAAGAAGAUCAGAUUUUUAGAGCAUCAAACAAUUAGUGGACUGCAUUUUCAUUUUGAUAUAUAGCUACAGGCAUAUAUGCCUAUAUACUUGAACAAGAAACUAUUUAGAAAGAUGGCAAAAAACAUCCCUUUCCAGAUUACUAGAAUUGGUAUAAGUUUUGAUUGAUUACACAAAUUGCAAAUAUUAACCAUUAACAACAGUACAGCUUACUACAGAUUGUAUA